ACGGAACUGCUGGGCGGCCAUAUCCGCUGGGAGGUGCAACCUCAAAGUGUUCCGCUUGUCCGUCCAACCGGGUUAAAUGUCCCACCGGCUGUCUGCGGGCAUUUCUAUCGCUCUAAAUCUUAUAAUGAACAUUUCUGAAAUGCUUUACCGUAUGAAUGGAGUAUAGUCCUGCGUCAAGCCGCAUUUUAGGAAAAUGACCGCUGUAGGACAAUAAAUGUCACAUUCAAGGGCGACUUUGCCUCUGCAGUUCGAAGGUAAUUUCUGCUUUCCAACUCGAAACUCAGAGGACACGAAAAAGGGGAAAAAAGAGAACCACCAUGCUUCAGCUGGGAGAUGAAGUGACCCUCUACUCGCUGGUCUUCGUGUUGGUCCUGCUGGGAACCCGGAGCCCCCUGUGGUCCACCGCCCUCACGACCUCCCUCUAUCUGUUUGUAGCCAUGUUCAGGUUUCCGCAGUUGGCGACCAGCAGGGCACGGCAGGUGCUGAGCCCGGUAGCGGGAAAGGCAUCCGCAAUCGCUCACCGAGGCGGUGGACACGACGCCCCGGAGAACACGAUAGCAGCCAUUCGGGAGGCGAGUAGGAAUGGUGCGGCCGGUGUUGAGUUGGACUUGGGGUUCUCUGCAGACGGGAUCCCCAUCCUCAUGCAUGAUGACACCGUGGAUCGGACCACCAACGGUUCGGGCCCACUCAACAAGAUGAGCUUCUCCGAGCUGCUCAAACUCGAUGCAUCUGCUAAACACCGAUUCAGGUCCAAGUUUGUCGGUGAGAAGAUCCCAACUCUGGAAGAGGCCGUAAAGGAAUGCAUCAAGCUGAAACUCACCAUCUACUUUGAUGUCAAAGGUCAUCCAGAAGAGUCAGCUGCAGCGCUUAAAGACCUGUACAAGAAAUAUCCGGUUCUCUACAACAGCAGCAUCGUCUGCUCCUUCCAACCCAAAGUCAUCUACAGGAUGAGACAGAGUGACCCUGAAGUGCUCACAGCGUUGACCCACAGGCCGUGGAGCUUGAGCUGUCUCGGCGAUGGUACGCCACGUUUCUCAUCACUAUGGCAACAUCACUGGAUGAAGAUGAUGGACAUCUUGUUGGACUGGGCACACCAUCACCUGCUGUGGAAGCUGUGCGGCAUCUCCGCCUUCCUGGUCCAGAAGAACGUCGUGUCGCAGGACUAUGUCCAGUACUGGGAGCGGAGGGGAGUGGAAGUUGUAGCCUGGACCGUCAACACAAAAUUGGAGAAAGAUUAUUUCCAGGAGGUGCUACACAUCAAUUACAUCACAGACAGCCUCGUGGAAGAUUGUGAACCUCAUUACUGAGACACAUGGUCAAUAGCUGCCCACAACGUCUCGAUAUCAGAUAACAUCCUUCAAAUGAAUGGGGAUGUUUUUUUACUAAUUACUCCUCAGUUAUCAGUGUCAACAGAUAAGGCCCUCUUCUCACCAGAGUAAGACCAUGUGACAACUCUAAAACUAAACAGGAAUAUCUACUGUGGUGCACCAAGAGCACAGUGUGAUUGUCUUUGUUAGAGUUCCCCCACUGCUUUUAGAAAAGCACAUACACCUCCAUGCUGCACAUGUGCAGCUUGUUGCUGUGGUUGAAUGUGAUGGUGGAGGUGCAGAAACCUAUCGUAUUUACAGAAAUCUUUCUCACGUUGCGAGGAAACUUCAUUGUGAAAUGGUGAUACAUUUCAGACAAAAUGGUAAAAAAAAAAAAAAAAAAAAGCAGUAACUUUCCACUCAACAACUUUUUUUUCUUUCCUCCCCCAAAUUUGCUACAAUCUAGCAAAAUUGAAAUGGUCUUGUAGAUUAUAGGGCGAUCUCGAUCUGUUGUGAAGAGGGUCGGAUAAAUCAAAUGUUCCAGUACUGUAAAUUUACGCUGAGUUUCACCUGUGGAUUUUCAGACUUUUUAAACUUUAUUUAAACUUCGUAAUAAGAGGCCAAGUAUCAGGUUUUAUGUUCCUUUAGACACUUUAUAAAUAUGAUGAAUUCAGUUGCACACGCGGUGCAUACGGAGAUUUUCAGACGGCGUGCUUGUACUUUUUGUCUCAAACGGACUCGUCUCAGACUAUCUGUGCAAAAGUCUUUUACAGGUUUUUCUGGGCUCUUCAGUUGAUCUUUUGUGUCUGCAAACGUUGACUUUUAAAAGAACUCCUGAAUUUGUACCUUUGGUGCUGAACCUUGAUUUGCUCCAUUUUCGGUAACAGAGUACAUAUGAACACAUACACAAUACCACUCUAAGCUCUACCACUUGAGCUCUUUUACGAAGAACAAUGAGCAGGAACAGAAUAAAAAAAAGACAACAACGAUCCCCACUGCACAAACCUGGCAGUGGCAGCUUCAUCCUGAGGGGUUGCUUUCCUAGUCAGAGUUGGUGUCCUGUAUUGAGUCAAAUACAAUACAAUACAAAUACAAUCCUGCAUUUUCAGUCUCUAUUGAGUAAAUAUUCACCUUUUUGACACAAUUUUAAUCUGAUUAAAAUGUACCAUGAAGAAAACAACCAAUGUCAAAAAGAUUAAAGAACCGCCAGAGAACUUCCACUUGAAACAAAAUGGAGGAGAAAAUGACAAAUUAAGACUUGUGCACAGAAAGACUUAUGUACUCAGGAUUUUAAUAAGUUGUUUUUUUUGUUUCCUGUCUUUAUUUUGCUUAUUGUUGAUGCCUGCAACGUUUGUCCUUCCAGACUAAAAGGGAGAGUGUGGUGAACUACCUAUAAUAUGUCUUGUGUAUGAAUGUUCAAGAAUGACUGAGAGUCAAUGCGCUGGUUUAAUGCAGAUCAGUCUUCCUCUACGCUCAUGUAUGAAAGGACUUGUGAUUGUAAGCGGUCACAUACUUAACUUUUUUUUUUUUUUUUGUCAAAGUAAUUUAUCUCCAUUUAUACAGAAUGGUGGGAGUGGCACUGAAAUACUGUGAAAUAUGAAAAUAAAUAACCAAAUCUGGAAGCAACCAAGCAAGGGCAUAGGCAGAAAAAAAACUUAGAAAUGUUGAAAGAAACAAAGAGUUUGUGAGAAGUUAAAAUCUCCAACGCAACAAAUAUCUUUGGAAAUUAUUUUUAAAACAUCCGGCCAUCCUUGUUCUCAGUUUUUCAGUUUGUCUUUGUUAAUUAUUAAAUUACACACAAAUUAUCAGAUAGUUACAUUAUGGAUAAAGGAAAUUAAUUACUUUUGGUUCAAUUUGGGUUUACUUUGGUAAAAUAGAUUUUAUGGUAGACCUGCUUAGAGAAACGUAAAAGGAAAUAUAAUGGAUACAUUAACAUAUUUAUUCCCACUCAUUUCUAAACUGCUUUUGAUCUUUAAUUGGCUGUUCCUUUUUAUAUAUUGCGGAUUGUUUCUGUUGAGUCCAGAAAUGUCCAUUCAGAGAAUAAGACGCUGUCAAACAAACGUGUUUUUAGUGUUUUAGUGGUAUUGUACAGAUACGUAAGCAGGCAACUGGUCUCUGAAGAUUGAGUAACCUGAAAAGAAGCUGGACUGUAAAUAACGAACCGUGCCAAUUACAUGUGUGAUAUAUGAAAUCAGUAGAAGUGAGACAUCAUUGUAGACUGCAGCUGUAACCGAUAAUGUAUACUUGAGUAUUUCAGAGCAAAUGAUUAUAUUUCUGCUUGUGUUUUACUAGCUUCACGUCUUUUACACUCUGCACAGAAAGUAAUUGUAAGCGGUCAUAAAGUGGAAUGCCUAUUUCAUUGUCUGUCCUAAGAUAAAGCAAUGUUUGAGUUCUUUUGAUGGAAUA